AUGUCCAGGGAACUAAACAGCAACAGUUCUCAGAGGGACUCAGGAUUGGAAGCAAGGAACAGUAACUUGCAGCUACAGUGUGUGGGAAUUCUCGCUUCCUCCCUCAGUGCUCCCCUUCAGGAGAACGUACUGAUCACAUUCAAUGUGACCUACUCAUCUCAGGAAUUUCCCAUUAUUGAACUCCCUGACCUUGUUAUACUGCCUUGUAACUCCGUGACCCCAGUGUCUUUCCCAGUCAAAGGCGCUGAUGUUGGCCAGGUCACCACCCAUCUGAGGACCAACAGCAGCCAUCUGAACCGAAUCUCUCACAUUAGAAUCCGUUAUAUGGUGGUGCACAGCAAUGUCCUGACCAUCAUUAGUUAUAUCAUCGGUUGGAUUUACUUCUUUUCCUGGGCCAUCUCCUUUUACCCACAGGUUUAUGCAAACUGGAAACGUAAAAGUGUUGUUGGAUUGAGUUUUGACUUUUUAGCUCUGAAUCUGACUGGUCACAUUGCGUAUGGAGUCUUCAACAUUUGUCUCUUCUGCGUUCCGUACAUUAAGGCACAAUACAUAGAGAUUCACCCAAAUGGUGUCAACCCAGUGGAAGCCAAUGAUGUUUUCUUCAGCAUCCAUGCCACCUUGAUUAUGUCCUUUACCACCUGGCAGUGCUGUGUCUAUGAGAGAGGGAUGCAGAGAGUGUCGCUGCCUGCGGCUGGAAUGUUGAUAAGUGCCUGGCUAUUUGCUCUCAUCACAUUGAUUGUGACUAUUGCUGGUCAACUGAUGUGGCUCCAAUAUCUUUACUACUUCUCUUACAUCAAACUGGCUGUCACAGUCGUCAAAUACAUUCCUCAGGUCUAUCUGAACUAUCAACGAAAGAGCACCAGCGGUUGGUGCAUUGGGAAUGUGCUGCUGGACUUUUCUGGAGGCAUUUUCAGUCUUCUGCAAAUGCUACUACAGUCAUACAACAAUGAAGAGUGGAUGCUAAUAUUUGGAGACAUAACCAAGUUUGGGCUUGGCUUAAUCUCCAUGUCAUUUGAUAUUGUGUUCAUGGUCCAGCAUUAUUGUUUGUACUCAGAAAGCCAAAAACUCAAUGACUACAAGUUGCUGAAUGGGGAAUACUCCAAAGAAUACACAUCACAGAAUGGGGCAAAAUGA